AUGAAGCUUAGUUCGAUCCUCCUAGCCCUGGCCGCCUUAGUGUCGCCCGCCUUUUCGUACGCCAUUUCUCACUUGCCUCGUUCGGAGGGAGGUCUUGAUAUCAAGCUUACUGCUAUUGGCAACACCCGCAUCAAGGCUAUCAUCACCAACAAGGCUGAUCGCCCGUUGAAGUUGCUCAGAUACAACAAUUUCUUUGACGAUGCCCCAACCCAAAAAGUUGAAAUCUUCAAGGAUGGCAACGCGGUCCAGUUUGAGGGAAUCUAUCAACACAUCUACAUGACCGACCUUCCAGAUGAAGAUUUCAUCUCCCUUACUCCUGGAGAGAGUAUCGAGAGAGAAGUCGACAUUGCAACCACCGCUGACCUGACUCAGGGUGGCGCCUUCACCAUCUCCUCCCAGGGCCUUAUUCCCUUCGCGGAAGUGGACAGCAAUGAAGUCACUGGUGCUAUGGCCUUCCACGCCAACGACCUUGAGAUGGAUGUUGACGGUGCCGUCGCCGCUACAGUUGAGAAGGCCAUCAAGCCAGUUGAUAAGCGCAGCAGGUUGACGAACUCCUGCACUGGCCAACGAAGGACCGCAACCGUGAGAGCCAUCCAGGCCUCGGCUCAACUCAGCCAGCGAUCCGCACAAGUCGCCCAGAACAACGCCCAAAAGCUCCAGGAGUACUUCAAGCAGACUGACCAGAGAACCCGCCAGCUUGUCGUGAACCGCUUCACCGCAGUCGCCCGAGAGUCGACCGUCAACGGCGGCAGAACGACAUACGACUGCACCGAUCGCAUGGGCCACUGCCAACCGAGAACCAUCGCGUACACCCUCCCGGCUCAAAACCACAUCACCAACUGCCCAAUCUUCUACCAGAUGCCCCUUCUGACCAACCGAUGCCACGGCCAGGACCAGGCCACCACCGUCCUCCAUGAGAUCACCCACAACCCGGCCAUCGUGCAACCCCACUGUGUUGAUCACGGCUAUGGAUACCAGGCCGUUCGACGUCUCAAUGCUCAGCAGUCCCUCCAGAAUGCUGACACCUACUCUCUCUUUGCUAACGGUAAGAUGACAUUCAGGUUAUUUCUGUAUUAA